CCAUGACCCGGCCACACACUCCUCUCCUCUGAUUCUCUCCCCCCUUCCCUCUCGCAGCCGGCGAUGGCCGCCUCCCGCCGCCUGGCGCGGAAGCUCCCCUCCAUCAUCUCCAAGCACCAGCGCCUCAUCUCGCCGGAGAUCGAAACCCUAGAGGAGACCCCCGAAAUCUCCACCUCACCGGCCUCCAUCCCCCUCGACCCCACCCUGCCGCUCCUCCCGCUCGCCGUCUCCCACCUCUCGCCGCCGAGCCCCCUCCCGGCGCUCCCCUCCGCGCACGCCUCGUCCCCGACGUCGCUCCUUCGCCUCCUGCGCCGCGCGCGGCACCACCCGCGCCUCGCGCCGCUCGACCUCCACCUCCUCCUCGCGGCCGCCGACGCCUCCUCGGCCUUCCGCCCCGACCACCGCCUCACGAGCCUCCUCGCCGCGCGCCUCGCGGCCUCCCGCCGCCUCCCCUCGCUGCGGCGCCUCCUCCAGCUCGUCCUCUCCCGCCCCUGCCCCUGCGCCGACGACUCCAUCUUCGCCUGCCCCGAUCUCCUCCCGACCUUCCGCAAGGCCAUCCUCGCCUUCGCCACCUCCGGCGACAUCCCCGCGGCGUCCGAAGCCCUCGCGUCCCUCCGCCGCGCCGCGGACUCGCCCCUCCCCGCCGAGUUCUACAACAUCAUCCUCCACGCCCUCGCCCGUCUCCACCGCCAUGACGACGCCAUCCGCUUCUACGGCGAGAUGACCAGCGUCCACCGCGUCGCACUGGAUGCCUACACCUUCAACAUACUCAUCAACAGCUCCUGCCGCGUCGAAGGCGUCGAUGCCGCCAUGCGGUGGUUCGAGGAGAUGCGGCGCCGGAGCUGUGCGCCGACUGGUGUGAGCUUCAAUACUCUUAUGCGCGGGUUCUUCAGAGAAGGCAGGUAUAAGGAAGGCCUUAAGGUUGCUUAUGAGAUGCUGCAGCUUGGGGCCGGGCUGUCGGUUGCUUCCAUGGAGAUUUUGAUUGGUGGGUUGUGCCGUGGAGGCGAGGCUUUGAAGGCAGCCGAGGUGUUUGCGGAGUUUUUGGUGGAUGCGGUGGUUCCGGAAGGGUUUGAUUGCUUGGAUCUUGUUGAAUCCCUGUGCCAUGUUGGAAGGGUGGACAAAGCAGUAGAAAUAGUGGAGUUGGUAUUGGAGAGGAAUAGGGCAUGCUGCUUAAGUGUCCCUGCUGGUGUAACGGUUUUGGAGUGCUUGAUGAAGGCUGGGAAGCUGGAUGAUGUGUGCCGGUUGAUGGGAAGGAUGGUUGGGGAGGGGAUUGUCCCGGAUACCAUUUCUUGUAACUGUAUAAUUGAGUCAUUUUGUGAAGCUGGGAUGAUUUCUGAUGCAAACAGGCUGAGGAUUCUGACUAAAGAGAAGGGUUUUGCAGCCGAUGCUGCGACAUAUAGCAUGCUGGUGCAGGGCUUUGGCAGGCAGGGAAGGGUGAAGGAAGGUGAGGCUGUGUUGGAUGAAAUGCUUGAUUUAGGGUUUAUACCAAACAUUGUGGCUUACAAUAGGCUUCUUGAUAGCUUACAUGUGCGGAGAUCUUUGCAAUGACAAGUGAACUCCUGUAGGCAUGUGUAUGCUCCAAACAUUUUUUGGCCACAUGGAAGCAUCAAACUGCAAGACGUCACAUAGUUUGUGCUUGGAAUUCAUGUGCAGAGACUUUGGAGGAACAUAAAACAAAACAAGGGAUAGUCGGAUAGAUGACAGUUGAGACGAGCGGUGGUCAUAAUUGCACUGACAGAAGCAUCAAACUGCAAUGACGAGUGAACUCCUCUAGGCAUGUGUAUGCUCCAAACAUUGGCCACAUGGAUGCAUCAAACUGCAAGAUGUCAGAGAGUUUCUGCUUGGAGUUCAUGUGCACAGACUUUUGCAGCGUACAGCAAAACAUGGGGUACAUGAGGCCAUCGGUUUCAUAAUUUCAUGCGAAGUUCCAAGGCUUGAAAUGAGGUCUCAACGGAGUGCUGGAAGCCUCUUCACAUGAUGUUGAUUUAUGUUUGGAUUGGUAAGGUCGACAAGGUUAGUGAUCCUGUUUAAGCACUUUCAGAAAUGGGCAUGCAGAUCAUUUUGUUCUUGUGCUGAUCUUGUACCCCAAUAAUCAGUCACUCUCAUUGUAUUGCAUAGACCUUGACUAUUAGGGGAAGUAAGAAGUUGUGUACUUAUGAUACUGUCAUGAACAAUUUUUUUAAAAUUUCUAUAUGCCUUUUUAGUAACAUUAUUUUACUCACAGUGUUUCUCAAACAUAUCAGCUGGUUUCUUUAAUGACAGUAGGCACACUGUUGUCAUUGUAUUUCAAAUUGGGUGAUUAGAGCAAACUCCCUGCAGUAAUAUAUGGGCGGCCAUGAUAUUGUUUUCUUAGUGCAACAAUGAAUAAAAUUUGCCAUAACAUAGUAACCAUAGACCGGUUGCUUCUGUUUCGUACCAUGAUAUUGGGCUUAUUCAUGUCAAGUCUGCACAACUUAUAUUCCUGUUGUUAAAUAAUUUGCACUCUGUUCAAAAUAAAAUAAAUUAAUUUGCAGUGAAAUGAAAAACCAAUUAAUCCUCACUGUAAGUAACUGAAAUAAAGGAAUUCAUUGAGAAAAGAGUGCUAAGAAGAUCCUAAACCAAGUGGUUGUAUUAAGGCCCCAGCUCGCCAAAGUGAUAGCCCGGUGACCAGUAGGUGCUUGGUGGUAGGCCUGGUGCCUGUGGAGGCAAUUGGUACGCCUCCAUUUGAAGGGACCCGCACACUGGAUGAUGAUCAUCAUGGAGCCAGCACAAGUGUUGGUGCCAUGCUGUCUGUGACUGUGCAAUUUAUGCUGAGCCGGCACGUUCGGUUUUACCGUGUUGUCUCCUGGUGCUCCUGAGUCCUAACCUGGAUUGCCGUCCAAUCCUGCUUAGCCUGGGGAUUCUAAAAUAGUUUUGCCAUAUGUGCUAGUAGUUUUCUGUUCUUUUUGGGCUUUCUUAUGUGGGCGCAUACACCUGCAACUAAAGCCUGGAUUGCUGCCCUAGGACAAAGGUCUUUAAAUCGUGGACACCGGAUUGAUAGCUUAUUGUCUUCACCAUGUUAGGUAUCGAUUAACAUUUUGGGCUAUACAUUAUAGUCUCAGACCUGGAAAGUUGAUAAAAAUAUCGUGUGUGCCAUGAUAACUUCCAAGUGUCACCCUGAUAGAAGGAUAGUGACACAUGCAUACAUCAUGCCAUUUGUAAUUUCUUAAUCUAAACUAAACUAGCAUGUAGGUUGCCCUUAAAUCAAAACUAACAGUAUGCCAUUUACUUCUUAUUAUGGGCAGCCCUCUAUAAUAAACUAGCAUGUAGGUUGCCCUUAAUCUAAACUAACAGUACGCCAUUUACUAAAAA